AUGAGUUGCUAUUUUCUGAAACUAUUUUAUGCACUUUUGCUGCUUUUAUUGCAUGCUGCAGGAUCCAUUCUUGGAUUCAACAGCCUUCCCAAUAUCACAGAAAUUAAGUGCAUUGAGACUGAGAGACAAGCACUCCUCAACUUCAAACAUGGCCUCAUAGAUGGCUAUGGCAUUCUCUCUACAUGGAGUGAUGAUGACACUAACAGAGACUGUUGCAAAUGGAAAGGCAUUCAAUGCAAUAAUCAAACUGGUCAUGUUGAGAUGCUUCAUCUCCGUGGUUGUAGUAGACAAUAUUUGAGAGGUGCAAUAAAUAUCUCUUCAUUGAUUGCCCUUGAUAAUAUUGAACACUUGGAUCUCAGCUAUAAUUAUUUUGUUGGGAGUCAUAUCCUAGAACUCGUGGGCUCGUUCGCCAACUUAAGAUAUCUCAAUCUCUCUGAGUCUUUAUUUGGUGGGAGCAUUCCUUCUGAUAUUGGAAAGCUUACACAUUUACUGUCUCUUGAUCUAGGUAAGAAUCUUUAUCUCCAUGGACAAAUCCCUUAUCAACUUGGAAACCUUACACAUUUACAAUAUCUUGAUCUAAGUUAUAAUCAUCUAGAUGGGGAACUCCCUUAUCAACUUGGAAAUCUCUCACAGUUGAGGUAUCUUGAUCUUGCGGGGCGGAAUUCAUUUUCGGGAGCACUCCCUUUCCAAGUUGGGAAACUUCCUUUGUUGCACACUCUUGGACUUGGUGGUAAUUUUGAUGUCAAAUCUAAGGAUGCAGAGCAGUUGACUAAUCUUUCUUCCUUGACGAAACUUAAGCUAAGUUCACUACACAACCUUUCCUCUUCUCAUCACUGGCUACAAAUGAUCAGCAAGCUUAUUCCAAACUUAAGAGAGUUGAGGCUAUUUGAUUGUUCUCUUUCAGAUACAAAUAUUCAAUCUCUGUUUUAUUCACCUUCCAACUUUUCCACUGCUCUUACCAUCCUUGAUCUUUCUUCAAAUAAGCUCACAUCCUCAACAUUUCAACUGUUGUCAAACUUUAGCCUUAAUCUUCAGGAGCUUUAUCUUCAUCAUAAUGACAUUGUUUUGUCAUCUCCUCUCUGCCCAAAGUUUCCUUCUCUUGUUAUCCUUGACCUUUCCUAUAAUAAUAUGACAUCAUUAGUCUUUCAAGGUGGUUUCAACUUCAGUUCAAAACUUCAAAAUCUUUAUUUGCAAAAUUGUAGUCUUACGGAUGGAAGUUUUCUUAUGUCAUCUUCUUUCAUUAUGAGUUCUUCAUCUUCUCUUGUUUCCCUUGAUCUCUCCUCAAAUCUGUUGAAAUCAUCAACUAUAUUUUACUGGCUCUUUAACUCCACCACCAAUCUUCAUAACCUUUUCCUUGAUUAUAACAUGUUAGAAGGUCCCAUUCCAGAUGGAUUUGGGAAAGUAAUGAACUCUCUUGAAGUUCUAUACCUCUCCGGUAACAAACUGCAAGGCGAGAUUCCAUCUUUCUUUGGUAACAUGUGCACAUUGCAGAAGUUAUACCUCUCAAAUAACAAGUUGAACGGGGAAUUUUCUAGCUUCUUCCGAAAUUCUUCAUGGUGCAACAGAGACAUAUUUACGAUGCUGGAUUUAUCUGAUAACCGGUUGACUGGCAUGUUACCUAAAAGCAUUGGAUUGCUAUCAGAGUUGGAGGAACUUUACUUGGCUGGGAAUUCUUUGGAGGGUGACGUCACUGAAUCCCAUCUUUCUAAUUUUUCCAAAUUAAAAUACUUGCACCUAUCAGAAAACUCGUUGUCUCUGACAUUAGUCCCGAGUUGGGUUCCUCCAUUCCAAUUAAUAAAGUUGGGACUCGGAUCCUUCAAGUUGGGUCCUACUUUUCCUAGUUGGCUCAAGACUCAACUUUCGGGUUUGUCUUCAUUUUUGUGUGACCAAAGUGCAGCUGGAAACUUGGGCCUUUUAGAUUUAUCAAACAAUCAGAUAAAGGAACAAAUUCCAGAUUGUUGGAAGCGUGUAGAUACACUACUGGCUACAAUAAUUUAA